UAUCUAAACAAUUGCCAGUUCAAGUUAAAAAACAGCAAAACAACAAAUGGUCGUUAAACGUUACUUCUACAUACAAAAAUUAUCAUUUAAAUUGUGUGGUAUUGAUUCGCUAGCCACCAGACCAGAGGAUGUACUCAAACGUCCUCUCUUCUGUUAUGUACCAUUAUUUUUUGCCAUUACCCAUUUUCUGGCCAUUAUCCAUUAUGCAUUUGUCAAUCGUAAUGAUUAUGUUGAGGUAACCGAUUCAUUGGCACUUUCCUGUCAAACGCUUUUGGCAAUAUGGAAAAUGAUUAUAUUUCUAAUUAAACGUCGCCAAUUUGUGAGCAUUAUACAAAAAGUGCAUUCGGGUAAUUUAAAAGUCAAGCGUCUAGAAUUACCAAUAAUUUGUUCGGAAAAUUUGAAAGAUGUGAAAUUCAGCACAACAUAUUUUGUAUCUGUAGCAAUAGCAGGUGUUUUUGGUUUUGCUAAUCCAGUUAUUGAAGCUAUUUAUUUUUAUUUUACAACUGGGGAAUUGAUUUUACGGGUACCGUAUAAGGCGACUUACUUUUGGCCUCACACAAAAUUACCAGGCUAUUCGUUGGUAUUCAUUUGGAAUAUUCUCAGCAUCUAUAAUCUCUUUGGCAUAACAUUAGCCAUUGAUACACUAUUCACGUGGUUGGUCAGUAAUAUUUCGGCUCAAUUUCACAUACUCUGUUUUCGUUUUAAAAACACCGCCGAUAUAUAUAAAGAAGGAGAUUCAUUGAAAUUCUUGAAAAACAUUAAGUCAUGUAUACAAUUUCACAGUCAAACACUAGAGUUGACUGAGAAAUUAAAUCAAGUUUAUGGUGAAAUCAUUUUCAUUAAAUUCAUCAUUUCCUGUUCGGAAAUAUGUUGUUUGGUUUUUCGCUUAAGUCGUCCCAGUGAAUCAAUGGCUGCGGCAGCAUAUCAGUUUUUGUUUCUUGUAACGGUGGCAAUGCAAUUGAUUUUGUAUUGUUACAAUGGUCAGAGGAUAAGGGAUGAGAGUUUGCAAGUGGCGCCGGAAAUCUAUUUUGCAUUUGACUGGACUCAUUUACCAAAAUCAUGUAAAAAAUUACUUUUACUACCCAUGAUGCGCUCACAAAAAAGUAGUCAAUUAAAAGCAGUACUUUUUAUCGUGGACUUGAGUUUAUAUCUAUGGGUCUUUAAAACGGCUGGAUCUUUAAUAACAGCUCUGAAGACUUUAGAUGAAAAUCAAGAUUAAAAGUGGUGAAAUGGAUUUUUUUCUUUUAUUUUAUUAAAUCUAUUGACUAGAUGGUGGAAUACUCUAUGGGAUAGGCCAUCGUUAAGUUUACGGAAUAGUUUUUUAACACGUCUAUUGAAUGAUCUAUUGAUUAAACUAUUACAAGUCUACUGAGUUAUACAAUUAUAUUUCCUAGUCUAAUGACUAGUCUAUAGAAUAAUCUAUGAAGAAGUUUAUUGUGGAAAGUAUGUGACUUAUCUAUUGA